UCAUUUCUGAAACCACAGACAGAUCGAAAAUUGUGUAUGUUUGUGAUAUUCUCAAGUACUUGUUACAAACAUUUUCCAAUAAAAAUCGAACAAAAAUGAGCUUUGAAAAUUCUACAAACAAUGGAAAUAAUCAAGAAGAACAUAAGCAUGGAAAACCAGAGGGUUAUCAAAUAUCGAGGACAGACAUGAAUAUGUUGAUAAUGAAUUAUUUAGUAACAGAGGGUUUUAAAGAGGCAGCUUUAAAGUUUCAACAGGAGGCAGGGCUGCAGGAGCCUGCACUCUGCAGUUCUUUAGAUGAGCGGAUAAUGAUCAGAGAAGCGGUGCAGAAUGGCCGCAUCUCUGAAGCCAUUGCAAUGGUCAAUUCCCUGCAUCCUGAAUUAUUGGACAAUGAUAGAUUUCUCUACUUCCACUUGCAACAACUGCAACUGUUAGAACUGAUACGUGCAGGCCGCGCGGAAGAGGCACUGUCGUUCGCAAGUGCAACGUUAGCUGAGGCGGGCGCUAACGACCGCGCUGCCCUCGCUGAAUUAGAGCGCUCAUUGGCUCUCCUUGCUUUCCCUGACCCGCAUUCCUCACCCUUCGCUGACCUACUCCUUCCCGCACAUGGACAAAAGAUUGCAAGUGAAUUAAAUGCAGCAAUAUUAAAAAUGGAAAAUCAAGAGUACACAAAUCCAAAGCUAUGCAGUCUCCUGCGCAUGAUCCUCUGGUCGCAGAGUGAGCUUGACAAACACAAUGUCAAAUAUCCCAAGAUGACUGAUUUAGCCAAUGCUACUAUAGAGCAGCCAAAGUGAAUGUUAAACUGUUAGCCAAUAAAUAUCAAUAGGAGUGUAUUUAAUCCGAUUUCUAUAGACAUUCUUGUGAUGUAAAUCUAAAUAUUUUAGUUGAUACAAAAUAUAGUUGCGCUAAAGAAUUGAUUUGAUGGUUGUAUUCACCUUAAUAAGUGAGUAAAGAACUGUGGUCAAGUAAACAACAAGCAACUAUUAUAUUAUGAAGAUUAAACAGAAUAUGCAUCUAAGAAAUCAUUAGUAUUGGAUUUUGUUUUGUUUAUAGAUGUUUCUUUUUUAUAUUAGUGAUAGUUUAGUGAAAAAUGUUUAAGAAUCCUUAAGUACUAUAAUUUUUUUUAAUUAAAUUAACAAUUUUUAUAAUACUAUCAAUGACAAGUUUUGGGAAUUAAAAAUAAUGCGAUAGACAUGUAAAAAUAUUACGAAUUAUCGGAUGUUAAAUUUUUGCAUGUCAGAGGUCAGGGGUCACCAACUGAAAUAUUGUUUUUGUACAAAACCAUGUUUCUAUAAUCUUAAAUAAAAACAAAUAUAUCAUUAAAUAUUAUUCUCUUCAUAUUUAAUAGUAAUUUCUUUGGGAUAACAUGUUUGGAGAUAUCUCAAGUAUAUAUUUUUAGAGAGUUUAGAUCUGGGAUGCCCUUCGGGAAAGAUUAACGUAGUUUUUAUCUUAGUGUUAUAAAUUUUAAACAUUGUUUUAUAUGAAGUGGGAUAUGUUUUUUUAUGUUCAUACUUUUACUAAUUCCUUGAAAAUAUAAAAUAUUAAUGUAAUGAAAUUGAUUUGGUUAUUUGUUCUUCUGUAUAAAAGCAAAUUUAUUUAAUCAGUAGUUCACAUAUUGAUAAAUCUUUUUCAUUUUCGACUUUUCGUUUACAAUGACUUAAUAUAUGUUUAAGAUAAU